CCCCCGAAAUCCUCACCUAGGGCCCCAAAUAUCCCAGGUCCAUGACCGAAAAAUCUUUCGUCCUGAACCCCUGGAUGCCCCAGGCCCCCGCGAUGAUCGACCUCCUAAUUCCUUAACGUCUGAUGCCUCCCAAUUCUUCAGUCCCACCCUGUCCCAAUGUGGCAACUGAGGCUUCCCGGGGGCACCUGCCUCAGAUUAUCUGAGAACAGGAGACGUUCGGAGCCCAGGACAUGUCGGGAUUGAGGAGAUACGAGGUGGCGCUGGAGGCGGAGGAGGAGAUCUACUGGGGUUGCUUCUACUUUUUUCCCUGGCUGCGCAUGUGGCGGAGGGACAGGAGCUCGGCGCAUCCCCGGGAGCAGAAGCUGGAGCCUCUGCGAGGCCUGAUGAGCUGUCUGUCAAGCGGCCUGGGCCCUGCCCCCCAGCGCUCGGGUCGCGGCCUCCCCCGCCGCACCCCCACCGCCACUGCCCAGCCAGCCGGUGCAUUAAAGAUUUAAACCGAA